CAGACCGCCUUCGCCAUGGAGCUCGGAAGAGUCUGGUCCAGACAUCAGAGGACGCUGCUCAUCACCAUGAUGAUGUUCAAACUGGGUUUUCUGUGCACAGCUGCAGCAGACAAGUGUUUAUCUUCACCCUGCAAUAAUGGAGCCACGUGCCUGGAACACAUGGGCGAGUACAUGUGCCUGUGCCCUAAAGAACCCCUGUGGUACAUGGGCAAAAACUGUGACGAGCUGCACGACGCCUGCCUAAUGGCACCCUGCACCAACUGCACCAGCACGCCCGGGACCGGGGACUUCAUCUGCCUCUGCCCGGACGGCUUCACCGGCCUCAACUGCACCCAAGACGUGGAUGAGUGUGCGAGCAACCCCUGCCAGGGUGCUCGGUCGCACUGCGUGGACAGAAUGAACGGAUAUUCCUGCCACUGUCCCAUCGGAUCAGGAGGGGACGACUGCCAGGAUAACGUGACCACUUGUGCCGAUCAGACUUGCCACAAUGGCGGCACGUGCACCGAUGUCCCCGACUCGGGGCCCCGGUGCUGGUGUGCCGCAGGGUACCAAGGCCCCAGCUGCGAGGAGAACGUGGACGAGUGCUCGUCGGAGCCCUGCCAGAAUGGAGCCAUCUGCAAAGACGGCGUCAACGCCUACCAGUGCUUCUGUGUGCCCGGAUUUCAAGGUUACCACUGCGACCUGGACAUCAACGAGUGCGCCUCCCGACCCUGUCAGAACAACGGCACCUGUCUGGACGAGGUGGACCACUACCAGUGCGACUGCGCUCCAGGAUUUAAAGGGAUCAACUGCGAGGUGGAGAUCGACGAGUGCGAGGCGCUUCCCUGUCAGAACGGCGCCACCUGCCGAGACCACGUCGCCAUGUACACGUGUGAGUGUCUGGCCGGCUUCCAGGGCCGCGACUGCGAGGUCAACAUUGACGAAUGCGCCAGCAUGCCCUGUCUGAACAACGGCCGGUGCAUAGAUAGGGUCAACAGCUUCGAGUGUGACUGUGAGGGGACGGGGUUCGUAGGAGACCGCUGUGAGGAGGAUAUCCCCGAAUGUGCCUCCGACCCCUGCCAGCAUGGAGCCACAUGUUUGGAGGGGAUCAACAAGUACGAGUGCCUCUGCUGGCCAGGUUAUGAGGGGCAGAACUGCGAGGCGGACAUCGACGAGUGUGAGCAGAAUCCCUGUGAGAACAACGGUGAAUGUGUACAACGUUCCAAAAUCCCGAACUUCAGCUAUGAGGAGGCUUCUGGCUUCAUCUGCCACUGCGUGCCUGGAUUCACCGGAGAUAACUGCUCCGUCAACGUGGACGAGUGCAUGUCUGCUCCGUGCCGGCAUGGAGGAAGCUGUCAGGACCUGAUCAACUCUUACCGAUGUUUGUGUCCAGAUGGCUUCACAGGCGUUCACUGUGAGGUGGACGUCAACGAGUGUGACAGCGAUCCCUGUCAGAAUGGCGCCACGUGCGAAGACGCUGCCAACUCCUAUCAGUGUCACUGCCCGGCGCCGGAUCCCGGCCAGGAGCCGUGGGGGGGGCGGGACUGUGACGUGGUCCUCGUAGGCUGCCGGCGUCACCAGUGUCAGCACGGGGCGGGCUGCGUUCCGGUCCUGACCGCCGAGGGCAGGCACAGCUACGUCUGCCAGUGCCCGGCGGGCUGGACCGGCGAUCGCUGCAACACCUCCACCACCUUCUCCUUUGGCUCCGAGGGCUUUGUCCACAUGCUGCUGCCCGUGUCAAAGAACAGAACCAAGCGGCAGAGCGACGACCACGGGCUCCACAUGCAGCUGCGCUUCAGGAGCACGUUGCCCGACAUGCUGCUGUUCCACCGCGGCACCACCGACCGCUUCUUCUCCCUGGAGCUGGUGGGAGGCGGCGUCCAGGCCAGGGUGAAGUCUGGGAAGACUCUACAGGCGGUCUACCCCGGUCCGCUCAACGACGGAGAGUGGCAUCAAGUCACCGUGAGCAUGGACGAGAGGCUGCUUCUGACGGUGACGGGGCCCGGCUGCGAGGCGGGAUGUCAGGUGAAGAACGAGGGCUACAACCACCUGAUGUUCCUCCAGCCCAGCUCCUUCCAGCAGCUGUACGUAGGAGGAGCACCGCAGGAGUACCUGGCCAGGUCGUCCAGUGGGAGGGGCUUCAUUGGCUGCAUGGAGGACCUGAUGGUGGACCACAAGCUGCUCCUGCCUCAGGACCUGCUGAGGGAGGAGAACAAAGGCCUGGAGCUGGGAUGCACCAAACACGACUGGUGUCAGGAAGACCCGUGCAUGCAGCGCGGACAGUGCGUGGACAUGUGGGUCCGAGCCAGCUGUCAGUGCCACCGGCCGUACUACGGCGAGCACUGUGAAAAAGAAUUUCCAUCCUGGACGUUCGGCCACGAGAACACCACCAGCUACUCCGCCUUCAACAUCUCUCAGACCCACGGAGACAACUUCACCGUGUCCUUCCUCAUGCGCUCCCUCAAACACAACGGCCUGCUGCUGCAGUUCCGGCGAGAAGGGAAGGCCUACCUGACCAUCUACCUGAAGGAGGGCACGGUGGCCAUCUACAGCCCCCACACCACGCUGCUGUCCGAGGCCAGGUGGGUCACCGACGGCAACAACAACCUGGUGGUCGUGAAGGUGCGCUACGGACACGUGGUCUUCCCCAAAGCGGGGAACCAGCGCGCGCUGGGGAACGUGAGCGUGGAGGAGGGGGACGUGGUUUACGUCGGGGGGCUACCUGGGGACAAGAACGCCAACGCCUGGGGCGGGAACUUCAAGGGCUGCCUGCAGGACCUCCGUCUGGACCACAGGCUGCUCACCACAGAGGACCGGCAUGAGGGGACGGAGGUCUACCAGGCCACCGUGGAGGAAAACGUCCUGUCAGGAUGUCACAGCGACGACACCUGCAAGGAUGAGCCCUGCCUCAACGCCGGGCGCUGCCGGGUCACCUGGAACGACUUCAGGUGCGACUGUCCCGUCAACUACUCUGGCCGGCUGUGCGAGACGCGGCUGUGGUGCGUGGACAAGCCGUGCUUCAAAGGCGUGCGCUGCGUGGAUCUGCAGGACGGUUAUGAGUGUUUGACCGAGGCCAUCUUCCAGGACAACGCUCUGCAGUAUGCGGCCAACGGCUCGCUGCUGAGCUCCGUCACCAACAUCACCAUGGAGCUGCGGACGCGGGACGAGGAGGGGACGUUGCUCCGGGCCGGCGGCGGCGGCGCCGAAGUCUUCUGUUUGGGUCUGCUCAACUCCAGCCUGCUGGUCAAGCUGAACAGCGGCGAGGGCCUGGAGCUGCUGGCCUUCACCAGCGACAGGACCGUGGCUGACGGGGCGUGGCACCACAUCCAGCUCAGCAUGGUGGACCCCAGCAAGCCGGAGUCCCGCUGGCGCCUCACUGUGGACGGGCAGAGAGCCGGCGGCAGCUUCGGGGUCAACGGCAACCUCAACUUCCUGAACGACAGCGAAGUGCGGCUGGCGGAGAAGUACACCGGGUGUCUGGGCGAGGUGAGGGUGGGUGGAGUCUACCUGCCGCUCGUCGGCGUGCCGGACGCCCCCCAGACCAGCCGCUUCUCCAGACUGGGCGGGCACGAGCCCAUCGUGGGGUGCCAGGGCGCUCCGAUCUGCGACUCCCAGCCCUGCCUGAACCAGGGCGUGUGUCAGGACCAGUUCAAUGAGUUUAACUGCAGCUGCAGCCCCGGGUGGGAGGGGGAGCUGUGCCAGGCGGAGAUAAACGAGUGCGCCGCCGCUCCCUGCCUCUACGGGACCUGCAAAGACCUGCUGGCCGACUACGAGUGCUCCUGCGAGCCUGGGUACCAAGGGAAGGACUGCGGGGAGGAGGUGGAUAACUGCCUGGAGUUCGCCUGCGUCAACGGAGGGGAGUGUGUGGAGACGGUGGGAACUCACACUUGUUCCUGUCCUGCAGGCUACGUUGGAAAACGCUGCCAGUGGCGUUUUCCUCCGGUGGCAUGUGACGCACGCACAGAGUGUCUGAACGGAGGAGUGUGUAUCGGAGGCGACUCUGGAGGCAACUGCACCUGCAAGCCGGGUUACACUGGAGCCAGGUGUGAGGCAGAGAUAGACGAGUGUGAGUCCAGUCCGUGUCUCCACGGCGCCACCUGUCUGGACAGACUCAACCACUUCCAGUGUGAGUGUGCGCCGGGCUACAGCGGCACACUGUGCGAGAGCAACAAAGGCGAGCACAAGGAGCUGGUGCCGUGGCUGGCGGUGACCAUCCCUCUGACCACGCUGUGCGUGCUGCUCGCCAUCCUCACCGUCUUCUUCCUCAUCAUGACGUGUCGGAAGAAGCGGCAGUCGGAGGGCACGUACAGCCCCAGCUCGCAGGAAGUGGCCGGCGCCCGGCUGGAGAUGGGCAGCGUCCUCAAAGUGCCCCCCGAGGAGAGGCUGAUCUGA